UCAUUUCCUCUUCUUUGUCUCCUUCGCCCGCUUACGACCCGUGACUUCCGCCAACGUCCGACACGUCAUCCACGGACUUUUGCAGAUCUCGACUUUUGCAAUAAUCACCAACACCAUCACCUGGCCCGCCAUGGAUGCCUAGCCGGUGCAUAUCUCGGAAAUACGAAACUCGAAUCCGCCAAGCACCGCGAGGAACUGUCGUGGAGAAGGUGGUGGCGGCGAUUGUAUCCUUAGGUCCCGCCAGCCGAACAUCACCAUGUUGCCGCCUCGCUCUGGUCCGCCUGCAUUCUACGAUCAACGUCGGACAAAGGAGUUUCACACAUACUAUGAACCAUUCAGGAAUGUCACAGUUCAAGCCCCAUCGUGGACAGAUCUCCACGACGAUGCAGCUGUGGCCAACCAUGCGCCUGUCUCAUCCCCGGACAAGGCGCUGACGGCCUUCUGCCAGCUUGCUGCUCUCAAGUUGAACGUCGAUCGGGCCAUGAUCUUCCUCUUCGACGCCGACUACGGUUACAUCCUUGCCGAAGCCACCCGGAGCAUGUCGCUUCGGGAUGACACCCGGCAUUUCGAUGGCGAUGGCCUGUGGCUGGGCCAUACCCAGAUCCCGCGUGGUUUCAGCGUGUGCGAGCAUACGGUCAACCUUCCCCAGAACACUGGAACGAACAGCAACGACUCGGUGACCUCCAGUAUGGCCCAUAUCAUUAACAACUUGGAGUCCGAUCAGCGCUUCUGCAACCGGCCUUACGUGACGGACGGGCCGAAGCUACGUUAUUAUGCUGGCGUGCCGAUCACGAGCCCGAAGGGCAUCAACAUUGGUGCGUUAUGUGCACUCGAUGAUGAGCCCCGCAGCGACACCUCCGUCGCCGAGGUGGAGCUAUUAGUCGACCUGGCAGCCGCGAUCAUGAGCCAUCUUGAGGCUGUCCGUGCCAAAGCUGAAUUUCAGCGCGGCAGCGUCAUGUUGGGGAGCCUGACUCAUUUUGCCGAUGAUGCCGCCAAUCUACGUGACGGAUUCGCGAGUGGGUCGAGUGGUCGUCAUUCGAAGCCUUCAACUCCACCGCCUCCUUCGGUGCCAGAAGGCUUAAGAUUGGAUUCGAUGACUGGCACAGUGUUGCCUGUCCCCACCAAUGUACAGACGCCGCCCGUCACAACAGAUGACCUUCCCAAGGAUCUGCAUUCCACCAUGGAGCAUCUCUCGGUCUCUUCGUCAUUCACGCAUCCCACCCCCAGCCGACCUACUGACCCGAUCGAACCGGUUCACAACGGUCGUGCUUCUGAUGCCACCCUAGCAUACGUGACCGAUACUCAGGAACCAUCAUCGGAGUCCCGCACGAAGAACCAUAUACAGAAAAUCUACCAACUUGCGGCCGACACGCUACAAAAGGCAAUGCGCAUGGACGGUGUCAUUUUCUUCGAUGCCGCCGGAUCGAGCGCUGACGGGAGCGACGCCCCCGGUGAAAGUCAACGAACUGUAUAUCCUAGUAGCUCGGGCACGAACACUGCGACGGAUGCUCACAUUCCGCGAAGUGCCGCGCAGCAUGUGCAGCACCUGAAGUCAUCAGACGAGACCAUCUCUCCAUUCUAUGCGACUGCCUGGGUCUCGGGAUCGCACCGACCCACAGCUCAGCAUAUUCCGCGCCGGCUACUCAAAUCUCUGACGAGGAAACACGAACAGGGUAAGAUAUGGCACGCAUCUUCCGAGGAGGACGGCUCCGAUGCAGCGUCCUCGUCUUCGAUGUCAUCCGAGCCAUUGUCCGCUAAGCUGGUCGGAAAUAAGCCCCGUGUCCGUGGUAGCGCCCGAAAUUUUGCAGCUCUUCGCCAAUUGUUGCCCGACGCUCGCUGCAUCAUGUUUUUCCCCAUCUGGAAUCACGGUUCGGGACGGUGGUGCUCGAGUGUCAUCCUUUAUGAUUGCUCGCCGUUACGGACCUUCUCCGUGGACGGUGAAUUACAAUUCACACGCGCCUUCUCGGAUGUUGUCAUGGCCGAGUUGGGCCGGCUGGACACUCAACGCUUGUUGCAGACGAAAUCGACCUUCAUCUCAUCAAUCUCGCACGAACUGCGGACACCUCUCCAUGGAAUCCUCGGCACUGUCGAGCAUCUGAAGCAGCAAAGCCUGGAUUCCACGACGAGUCAGAUGGUGGGUCUUGUUGAGCAAUGCGGACAGACCAUGCUGGACACCAUCAACCAUGUCUUGGACUACUCCCAGGUCGAUCACAUCGUGCGACAUCGGUCUUCAUCCGAAGAGGACAACGGGGUCCCGCGAUUGCAGCGUAGAACCCCAAUGGGCAUGAACAAGUCCAUCACUUCGAAUGCAUCACUUUCCAGGCGAACCGCGACCGUGAAUCGUCUGACCGAAACGACCGUCGACGCGGUCGUCUACUCCUACUACUGCAAUCCAUCAGCUCCCACGUCUCCUAAGAUCUCUCUCAUUUUGGACAUUGACCAAAAUCCAUUGAUCGAUUGGACGUGCCGCUUGAAUCCCGGAGCCUGGAAUCGCGUCUGCACCAAUCUUGUCGUCAAUGCUUUGAAAUUCACCGCCGAGGGGUACAUCCACAUUUCGCUAAAGCAUCAGCCACCCGCCGACGCUUCAAGCGUGGCAGUCGUCAAUCUCGUCGUGACCGACACGGGUCGUGGCAUGAGUCGAGAAUUCAUGCAGUCGUCUUUAUUUCAACCCUUCGAACAGGAGAACGGAAUUGCAGACGGGACUGGCUUGGGUAUGUCUCUAGUUGCGAAGAUUCUGAAGGCGAUCGGUGGGCAGAUCAGCGUCCGUAGCGUGCAGGGAAGCGGUACGACCGUCUCUGUCACAGUACCCAUGGUCCGCCCUCGUCGACACCGGGCUCGUCCGAAAAAGGAAGAUGUCGAAGCGCGUGAUUCAUCACCCGAUGCACGCGAAGAAGGGAAAACGACGAUCUCGGCCAAUUUUGUGGGAACCUCCUGGGGCCCCGGUGAUACCCCUUAUGCACGCGGCCGUCGACUGCUUCGGGUGUCAAUAGACCUCGCGCUUCGAGCAAUCCGACAUCUACCACAGAUGACAACCACCGAUCACACUCAGUCGAUCACGCAGCAUGUGGAUGUUGUUGCGGACAAAGACAUCCCCACGGUCUUUGCUACAGCGCCUACCACAACGACCGGCAUCGAGAGCCCUGAGGCUGCCGAUCAGACCGAGUCCGUCCCCCGUCCGCUUCUCGUCAUUUGUGGCACAUUCCAAUCGAUGCGCCACACCAUCUCGGCCGUUGCCAAAAUUCCCGCCUUGGCUUCAACCCACAUCGAAUAUGUCAUUGAACCGUGUGGACCUAUUCAGCUCGCGAAAGCCAUGUCACGAUGUUUCGCCGCCAUGGCCCCUGAGAUCGCAAACCUAGAAGCUUCAUCCCGAUCCCAUCCGCCAUCCGCCAACCGUCAUGUUGUCCAUCGGCGGUCAAGCAGUCUCCUUGUUGGCAGUGAAGCUGCUGAGAAGCUGCAUCUAGUGAGACGACAGACCAACGAUGACUUGUCGGCUUUCAGCGUACCAGCAAAUUCCGCGCCUCGACAGAAACCGCGUUCUCCACGCGACCACAUCAACAAUAACGACUAUUUCACCCGCACGAGUCGGGUCUCGGGUGCCGGGACAGGGAAACGGAUAGAUUCGCUUACUCAAGCGACUGUCUCAAAAUUGUCCCUUCAGCGGAAUGGAAUUGAAGCCAAGGAUAUGGCAGGUGUUGCGACUGGUGAGUCAGCGUCCACCAUGCCACCUCCGCCUCGCUCGCCGUCGGAAGCAAUGCCAUCGCCUCCGAUCAUCAUUCCAGGCCCAGAAUCGAGCACGGACUCAAAGCCUCCACUGGCACCAUCUGAAAGCCCUACGGCUGCUACGGCGGCUACUGAUCAGGUCGUCAUGCUCCUCGUGGAUGACAACGUCAUCAACAUGCGUCUUCUGAAGAUGCAUGCGGAUAAACAGCAGUAUAAGAAUUACACCGCCCAGAAUGGUCUCGAGGCGGUCGAAUUCUACAAAUCGGCUUUGAAAGAAGCGGUCGAAGCUGCACAAAACACCGCUGUCGAGAAACCUGUCAACGGUGAAUCGCCGCAGCAGAUUUCCAGCAGCGGAUCUCCAAAACUUUCCCAGCCAACCAGCACUGAUCUCGACUCGUCCAUCACCACUCAGGAAUCGACCCCACCCACCUCAACCUCCACACCGCCCUCACGCCUCCCGCGCGUCAUCCUGAUGGACAUCUCCAUGCCCAUCAUGGACGGCUUCGAAGCCACCCGCCAAAUCCGCUCCUUAGAAGCACACGUCGCCAACAAAUCCCGCAAAGCAUCCUCCGCCGCAUCGACGCCAACAUCCUCCUCCUUCCCCUCGAACCUCAACUCCUCAACACCCUCACCGACCACAGCAACGACGACAGACACCCCUCCCUUCACCCACCGUGCCUUCAUCGUUGCCAUGACCGGCCUCGGCUCCGAAGCCGCCCAGGCCGAGGCCCGCGCCAGCGGAAUGGACCUGUUCCUGACCAAACCCGUGCGCUUCAAGGAGCUGAGCCGGAUCCUCGCCGAGCAUGGCUUCGGCCCGCCAGCAGGGAUGGCGGCUCCCGCGAAGAGCACCGCGAUCAAACCUUGAGGGGGAUUUUCCCUCGCUGUUUUCCUUGUCCCGCUUCUCUUCGUAUUGCUUUCCUUUCCUCUGGGUCGGGUCUAUGUAUUUGUAGCGGGAU